ACGGCAGGUAAGGAAGGAGGCUAUGAGUCAGUGAGCAGCAGCACAGAGAGUCUCCCCCUGUUGGCAGACUUCGUGCUUUAUUACUGUCGACAUGCAGACCAGCCUGUUCUGGUGCAGCUCUACCAGGCCGAGCUGACCCUGGCUGGAGGAGAGAAGCGAAGGGAAGUGUUUAUUCACUCUCUGGAGCUCGGCCACACUGCAGGAACCAGAGCCGUUAAGGCCAUGGGUGCUGCCAGCAAGCGGUUUGGAAUAGAUGAAGAGCGGGAGGCUGUCCCUUUAACACUAAGUGUUGGCUACAACAAGGUGGCUGUUAGCGGGAGGAGUCAGUGGAUGCAGACUGAGAAAGUUUGCACAUCGAUAAAUCUGUACAAAGCCUGCAGGAACCCUGAGCAGCUCGAUUCUAGAGUCGAAAGUCUGCAGCUGACGAUAACAGAAGUCCUGAAGAGGCAGUGCUCCAAGUCUAAAAAGGGCUACAACCAGCACAUCUCUUUAUCGCACGUGAAGGUGGACAAGGUGAAGGUGAACGGGGGAAAAGACGGGACGACCUUUGCUGUGUGUCUGGAUCAAGAUGAGAAGAAGUUCAUCCAAAGUGUCACCAGGUGUGAGGUGUCUCUGUGCUGUAAACCAGGAAGCAGCUCAGACUGGAGGUCCUACAAACCCUCACCUGGACAAGUCCAACCUCUGCACCCGUCCUACUGCUCCCUGCUCUGCCUCCCCAUCACCUCCUUCUCUGCCUCGCACCCCUGACAUACUUUUUACUACAAAAAAAGAGGAACUUGUCACCAAAAAACAGUGGUAGAAAAGAUCCAGAUCCAGGCACUCAAGAUGGUUUGAAAAGCAUAAAAGACCUUUAAUUCAAAGGGCUAAAAAACAUUAAAAAGAUGUAUUUUUAAUUGUUUUUUUCAUUGUUUUUUGAUUAUAAAUUCCUCUUGUUUUUUGAAGUCUUCCCCUCCAUCAGCACCGGUGGUUUGAGGGGCACCACAAGCCUCCUGCUGCGUGUCUUUUACACUCUUUACUUUUUACUACACGGAGGUGAUACUUUAAACCAAAACAACACCGGAUUCAGAGCAGAGAUGAUGAGUAGAUGAGUGGUUGUGUCACUUUUAUUGACCUACAUUUAUUUCAGGUUUGUCCUGAUGCUGGUAUCAAGGUGUGUCACAUUAUUAGUACAAGAAGGAGCGUCUGACUGGAUUGUGUUUUUCCUCGUUACAUAUUGAACUUUAUGCAACUUCAAAUAUAACAUUAAUGCCAGUGCUCUGUCUGUAGAGCUGGCUGUACUCCAAUUAUCUGCUGUCAGGAGUGUAAAAACUGAUUACUUGAUUACCGCUGUGUACGUCCUGUCGAUCCACGACAGAAUUAACCCCCUUUUUUUUAAAGAAAUGUGUAAUGAAAUAAGUUAUUUAUUUUGAAAUGACAGCA